GGAGCCGGAGUUUUCAAACAGAAAUUUGGAGGCGGUCUGAGCUGGGGAAUCCCCAAACGUGUCAGUGGCUCAGGUGGAGGACGGGAUUUAGAAAGCGGGGCUGGGGUACUGUAGGACUACGCUUACCCUAGCUGAGUUUGGGUUCCCCUCCCCCUGUGUUUCUUCGAGGCUUGGGCAUGCCCAGAGCAUCUGUGGAAGGCGGAAACGACUGCCGGGGCUGUCUUCUCGAGAAGUAACGUAAUCCUGGCCUGCCAUGUCUGGGUGCUUCGAGCUGCAGCCGCAGGACGGUGGCCCCCGGGUGGCCUUGGCGCUUGGGGAGACGGUCAUCGGCCGCGGGCCGUUGCUGGGAAUAACAGACAGGAGAAUAUCCAGAAGACAUGCCAUUCUUGAAGUGGUGGGUGGUCAGCUUCGAAUCAAACCGAUACACACCAAUCCAUGUUUUUAUCGUUCUUCUGAGAACAGCCAACUCUUACCAAUGAAGACAAAUCUUUGGCACUGGUUAAAUCCUGGAGAUAGUUUUUCUUUGUUAGUUGACAAACAUAUUUUCUGUGUUGUGUCGACACACUCUGAAAUGGAAAUAGAGUGUACCUUAAGAAACAGUCAAAUGCUUGAUGAAGAUGACAUAUUGAAUGAAGCACCCAAAUCUCCCGUGAUUAACUUACUUGAUAAGACAACUGGUACCCCACAUCUGGAAAAGACUACAGAUAUAACUGAGACUCAGACUACUAGCACAAGUAGUAUGUCCCCUGUAGGUGAAUGCAGAGGCUUGAGUAAACAGCAGUCACACACUGCCCAGAGGAAAAGAAUCCUUCCAGCUUGGAUGUUAGAAGAUUUAAGUGAUCAAAACCUUUUAGAUCCUGUCAUUUGUGGAGAUAACAGCAUAAUCCAGGGAAGUCGAAAAGAAGGAAUCUGCAAAGAAAAAACCUACAUAAAUGUAACACAAAAGGGAAGAAAGCGAAUUUCAUCAGGAAAUUCAGAAAGUGUAUCAGGAGGACAAAAUGCAGGAAAAAAGUGCAAAGAUACUGAUCAAGAAGAGUCUGUCAUUUUAUGCAAGGAAAUGCCAGAAUCAUUUUCUGCAACCACAUUAAGUAAUCCAGAUAUGCAUACUGUGAAGAUUAAUACACAGAGAAAUGAAAUUCCAAUUGUGGGACUUGCAAAGGUUUCUAAACAUAAAGUCAUGACUAAAGGAACACUAACUCAAGAAGACAAGGCAGUGAGCUGUGCUGAGAGUUGUUCAAGUGUUCAAGGCAAGUCAUUCCACAGUGAAUCUCAGAGAUGUCAUCCCAAGUCCAACUUGGAAGCUUCCAGUUCGGAAACUUUGCAGACAAAGGCAACUGAUUCACUUCCACAGAGUUCACAAGAGAACAAGGUCAAGAGGUCAUCCUGUAUGUAUGGAGCAAAUUGCUACAGGAAGAAUCCUGUCCAUUUUCAACACUUUAGCCAUCCUGGUGACAAUGAUUAUGGAGGUAUGCACGUCACGGGUCAAGAUGAGACUGAUGACCGGCCUGAAUGUCCCUACGGGGCAUCUUGUUAUAGAAACAUGGAAAACACAGAGAUUGGAUUGCUUGGCUGCAGAGUCUUCAACUCGGUAGAGAAAUCCGGAGCAGAGAACAAUAUAGUUAUAUUCCUGAGGAAGAAUCUCCAGCACAAGAUAGAGUAUAGGCACAGUAUACUUCAGGUGAGAAGCGUUUCAGAUGAAGAUGAUGUUGGACGGCCCAGUGAGUACGACCUGAAUGACAGCUUUCUAGAUGAUGAGGGAGAAGAGUAUGAGCCAACAGAUGAGGAUUCCGACUGGGAACCAGGAAAGGAAGACCAAGCACAGGAAGACGUAGAAGAACUUCUGAAAGAAGCAAGAAAGUUUAUGAAAAGAAAAAAGUAACUCUUCCUCUAUUCAGUGCACAUUUACUUUUUCUCUCUGGAAAAAUUUAGGAUCUAAGGAGGUACUUAAGUGAUUUUCCUUCUUUUGAUAGUUGUAACUUUUUCUAUUAACUCUUUUCAAAUAAAACAUUGAAAUGUCUGCCUUUAAUGUAGCAAGUAGAAUUAAUUUUGUUACCUUGACUUUUCUUUUUAUCUGGCAAUAAGAAGCAGACAAAGAGGUUGAGUAAUAAUUAAUAUUUUUCAUGUACUUUGUAUAAUGGC